CGCUCCUCCUCCUCGGCGCGGUGAGCGGGUCGGGGGAGGCGGCGCGCCCCUCCGCUGGCCGGUGGUUGGAGGCCGCGGCGACUGCGCGCUGACUAGCUUCCUGCCGUACGACCCGAGCUGUCUUCCCAGUGGCGUGACGGGCGCUUCGGAGCCGGCUGCGGGAGUCGAGCGCCAGUCCCCCCCACCCACCACCCACCCCGCGUCUAGCGUCUCACGAGCAUCAGAACAAUGCUGAAAGGAAUUACCCGGCUUGUCUCCAAGGCCUAUAAAUUGGACUCUGGAUGUUUUUUGCACACUGGGACCCAGGUACCCCAAAACAUUGCUGUUCACCUAAAUAAUGAGAUUCUUGUUGAGAGUCCCAGAGCUAUUUCCCGGACCAGUGAAAGUGACCCGGCCAAGCAUGGGGAACAGCAUGAAGGUCAGUACUACAACAUCCCUCUCCAGGAUCUGAAGACUAUAUUUCCCCAUGGCCUGCCUCCUCGCUAUGUAAUGCAGGUGAAGACAUUUGGCGAAGCUUACCUGAUGGUAAGAAAACCAGCCCUAGAGCUUCUGCAUUACCUGAAAAACACCAAUUUUGCUCAUCCAGCUGUACGCUAUCUUCUGUAUGGGGGAAAAGGAACAGGAAAAACCCUCAGUCUUUGCCAUGUUACUCAUUUCUGUGCAAAACACGACUGGCUUAUAUUGCAUAUUCCAGAUGCUCAUCUUUGGGUAAAAAAUUGCCGGGAACUUCUGCAGUCUACCUUCAACAAACAGCGCUUUGAUCAACCUUUAGAGGCUUCAGCCUGGCUGAAGAAUUUCAAAACUACGAAUGAACGCUUCCUUAGCCAGAUAAAAAUUCAAGAGAAGUAUGUCUGGAAUAAGAGAGAGAGCACCGAGAAAGGCAGUCCUCUGAGAGACAUUGUUGAGCAGGGCAUAACACGAGUGAGAAAUGCUACCGAUGCUUUUGGGAUUGUGCUGAAGGAGCUCAAGAGGCAAAGCUCUUCCGGGAUGUUUCACCUUCUUGUGGCAGUAGAUGGGGUCAAUGCUCUGUGGGGCAGGACCACACUGAAAAGACAAGAUAAAAGUCCGAUUGCCCCAGAGGAACUGGCACUUGUUCAUAACCUAAGGAAGAUGGUGAAAAAUGAUUGGAAUGGAGGUGCCGUUGUGUUGACAUUGAGCCAAACUGGGUCUCUCUUUAAGCCCAGCAAUGCCUACAUGCCUCAUGAGCUGCUGGAAAAGGAAGGAUUUGAUGCACUGGAUCCCUUCCUUCCCAUCCUGGUUCCUAACUAUAAUGCAAAGGAAUUUGAAAGUUCCAUGCAGUAUUAUUUAGAGAAUAAGUGGCUGCAGCAUGAGAAAGCUGCUACAGAAGAAGGGAAGAAGGAGCUGCUGUUUCUAAGUAAUGCCAAUCCUGGACAGCUGGAACGGCUCUGUGCCUAUCUCUAAACCAUGGGCUCAAUAAGCGUGGAAAACAGUGGACUUUUCUUUCAAGCUGUACGCAGUCAUGUGGGGAAACUCCACUGUACCCAGGUAGAGCAGCCAGGCUUCUCUAAGUACAGAAUUACACAGGGCUGCAGUUGGCUUUGGGACUUCAGGGUUUUGAAAAAGGUUCCUUUUGAAGUGACUGUAAACCAUAGAAUGUCCUCUUGUUCCUAAGACUGAUACUAGUUUUGGGAUAUUGUUUUCAUAUCUAAGAUAAUCAUGAAUCUUUCCUUAAAAAAUAAAGUACCUUUCUUAAGACA